AUGGAGGAGGCUGUGAAGAGGAGGCCGAUUAUCUCUGCAAGAGAAAGAGGCCCAGGCCCUGGACGCUACAGUCUGCCCCCUACAGUCGGAUACAUCAACCAUGACUUAACCAAGCCCUGCAGCCCUGCAUACUCCUUCCACAGCCGUAUGAGCAGCGCCCUGGUUUCUGUAGACUCCAGUCCGGGACCGAGGUACCAUUUUGAUUCCAAGGUCACCCGUUUUGGCCGGAUGGAGACGCCAUCCUACUCCAUUUUGGGCAGAGGAAGGCGAAUUGUGAAUAAAGGCGUGGGAUCCCAGACUCCUGGACCAGGCGCCUACAGUCCAGAGAAGGCUCCGCCUCUCAAUUUCCACCGACGGCCUCCGUCCUACUCCAUUGGAGCUCGAACCAGAUACCGCUCUGUGGAUGCAGUACCAGCUCCCAACAGCUACAGCCUCCCCAACCUGCUGGGCAGCCAGAUCCCCAACAAACCCUCCAGUGCCAGCUACACCAUCUCCACCCGGAGAAACGUUGGGGCUCCAUCCGAAGACCUCUCCCUGAGCCCCGGACCGGGGAAGUACAACAGCACCCACCCGGACAUCUACCGCCAGCGCCAGCCCUCCUUCAGCAUGCAGAGCCGGACUCAAAGGCCCCUGAACUCCUCCGCCAACCCCGGACCGGGAUCGUACAGCCCGGAGAAGUUCCAGCUGCAUCUCCCCAAGCCGCCCUCCUUCACUCUGGGCGUCAGGCACUCUGAGUUCGUCACUCCGCUCGUGGUGGACAUAACUGACUGA